GGAAACGAGACGACAUGCUGUCGACAUCUACUUGGGUCCAAAUUUUCAUCCUCUUUUCCAUGUUUGGAACCAGCGUAGUCUUAAGCCAUGAAUGCCUAAGCCAUGGGUGCAACUUUACAAAAGAAGAUGCAGUGCCGUAUGUUAUGACCAAACAAGUUGGACGAGUAAUCAAGAUGCUGAGCACCUACUACAGUAUUCGCAACCAUACGUUUACAGAAAAGCUGUUGGGAAAUAUCAGUGUAGUUAUGCUACAUGGUUCGGCUUUGAUCAAGGCAAUCCCGAGACAGUCAUACGAAGACCAUUACAUGUCGGAUCUAAACGCAACCGUUACCGCCUUGAGAGAAUGGCAUCUCGUAGUAGACCAAUUCUGGAAAAAGUUGCAAGAGAAUGUAACAUCUCUUUCAAAUCGACUGUGUUCAAGAAAUGGGAAAGGUGGAGAUGGCUCAAGUCAAGAAUCUGCUGGUCAAACAUGUAAUACAAUACGAAAAUAUUGGUUGAGUGGACGUAAUGUCAAGUCUUCUGUUCGUUGGAUUAAUCCUAGUCAGAAAACAGGUGCGGCGUUUCAAAUUUAUUGCGACUUUGAGUCGUUUGGCGGUGGAUGGAAUCUUGUAUAUUCGAGUAGAGAUGACAGUAGUGGUAAAAACAACAUGCAGAAAGGCAGCAGAUCUACUGCUCACAUUACUAGUCUUGAUCCGGGAAACGCCAACAAACGCCUUGCAUACGAUGUGCUGAAAGCUAUAGAAAAUAGUCACGAGGGAUACAUUCAGAUCAUGUUGACUGGCUACCAAGACUACCAAAGAAAAACAACUUUGAUUAAGAUGUAUUUUAACAACACAGCUAAAUAUGGAAAAAACUUCAACACGUUUAUAGAAAGCGGUUUUGCCGGUCAAUAUGGAUCUUCUCACUCCUACUAUGGCACAGAACUUUCCAGUCUCAAACCCAUUGCUCUUUCCUGGAAUACUACACCUUCUUUUGUGGCUGGAGCAAAGUCUUCUGGUUCUGCUUGGUUAAAAGAAGUUUGGAAUGAGAUAAGCAAUAGCGGAGGACACAUUCUCGCCCCUGAAGAUUGGAACAACGCUGAACCUCAUAGCGUCCAAACUACAGAAAAAGGAGCGUGCAGAAAUCGCGGUCUAUUCCACAUCUUUGUUCGCUAACUCGAGUAAUAGUAACAAACGUUACAGAGAAUGAAACACAACUGAGACAACCUUCUAGACAGAGAUGUAUAUUGUUGCACGUAGCUGCAUGGCGAAAACAUAGUCAAUGCUUUACCUAAACAGCUGCUGAUUCAUAAAUUCAGUGCAUUCUAUCGAUAGAUUUCUUGCUUGCUUCGAAUUACCUUAUGAGUAGCUUUCUUUAAUUAAUUAAAUAUUGAUUAACAACACAUG